UGGGGCUGCCCGGGGCACCCUGCUCUGUCACCCGCGCUCCCUGGAGCCCCUGCCAGCAUCUUGGUGAGCGCUCCACGUCGAGGUCCCGCCGGGCCGGUUGCCUGCUCUGCGGCGGGCAGCCGAGGAAGGGAGAGAGCCGUCCCCACCGCGGAGGGGAGCGCCCGGGCUUGCGGGCGCCACGCCAUGCGCCGGGCCAGCCGAGACUACGGCAAAUACCUGCGAGGCUCGGAGGAGAUGGGCGGCGGCCCUAGCGCCCCGCACGAGGGCCAGCUGCACGCUGCACCAUCCGCGCCCACCUCGCCGCCGCCCCCCACGGCCUCCCGCUCCAUGUUCGUGGCCCUGUUGGGACUGGGGCUCGGCCAGGUGGUCUGCAGCGUUGCUCUGUUCCUAUACUUCCGAGCGCAGAUGGAUCCUAAUAGACUAUCAGAAGACAGCACUCACUGCAUUUAUAGAAUUUUGAGACUCCAUGAAAAUACAGACUUGCAAGACACAGCUGUGGAGAAUGAAGAUACAAACGUAAUUCCUGAUUCCUGUAGGAGGAUGAAAAAGGCUUUUCAAGGAGCUGUGCAAGAGGAAUUACAACAUAUUGUUAGGUCACAACACAUCACUGCAUAUCCAGCUACAGUGGAAGGUUCCUGGUUUGAUCUGGUCAAGAGGAGCAAGUCCGAAACUCGGCCUUUUGCCCAUCUCACCAUCAAUACCACCAAUAUCCCAUCAGGUUCCCAUAAACUCAGUCUGUCUUGGUACCAUGACCGGGGCUGGGCCAUGAUCUCCAACAUGACUUUAAGGAAUGGGAAACUAAGGGUUAACCAAGAUGGCUUCUAUUACCUGUAUGCCAACAUUUGCUUUCGGCAUCAUGAAACUUCAGGAGACCUAGCUACAGAGUAUCUUCAGCUGAUGGUGUAUGUUGUUAAAACCAGUGUUACCAUCCCAAGUUCUCAAACUCUGAUGAAGGGAGGAAGCACCAAAUACUGGUCAGGGAAUUCUGAAUUCCACUUUUAUUCCAUAAAUGUUGGAGGAUUCUUUAAGCUACGAGCUGGAGAAGAAAUCAGCAUCCAAGUGUCCAACCCUUCCUUUCUGGAUCCUGAUCAAGAUGCAACAUACUUUGGGGCUUUCAAAGUUUGAGGUGUACAUUAAGACUCAUUUUAUGGAGCAUUACCACAUAUUUCCUAUAUGUUUGGCUACCUAUAAAAAAAAAAAACAAGGACAAUGCAUAUAGUUGUGUAAGACUACUAAGAAGGAUGACUUACAUGUUACAAAACUCAUGAUCCUUGUUCCUGACCCUGUAGAGAGCACACAUCUUGUAUAGCCAAUGGGAAUGCUGGACUUGACCCUGUAGAGAACACACAUAUGUAUAGCCAAUAGGAAUGCUGGACCUGACCCUAUAGAGAACAUGCAUCUUGUACAGCCAGUGGGAAUGCUGGACUUGGGGUAGUUACACAUGGUUUUACAAUUUUGUAAUGAAUUCCUAGAAUUAAACCAAUUGGAAGAAGUACAGUUGCUCUUCUGAAAACUGCAUGUGUGCUAUGGAAAGGAUUAUAUUCUUUGGAUCUAAUCCCUGGCGCUCUGCUCUACUGUGCACCUCAAAGUUCGAGAGGUACCACCUUAUUGCGAACAAAUGAUCCUCUGAAGGGUUAAGUUCUUCUGAGUUGUUACAUCAUGUUGGAACCUGCAAAUAAGUCCUUCUCUAAUGAGGGAAGAAAGUAUAUGUAUUUUUAUAUAAUAUCUAAAUUUAUAUUUCAGGUGUAAUGUUUUCUGUGCAAAGUAUUGUAAAUUAUAUUUGUGUUAUAGUAUUUGAUUCAAGAUAUUUAAAAAGUCUCACUGUUGACAUAUUUAAUGUUUUAAAUGUACAGACAUAUUUAACUGGUGCACUUUGUAGUUCCCCUGAGGAAAACUUGCAGCUAAGGGGGAAGAAUACUGUUUUCUAGUAUCAAAUAUAGUAGAUUUCUUCAUUCUUUUUGACUUAGUAUGUUUUUCAGAGUUUCCAAGCCUAUGCGGGGAAAACAAGUUAAAAUGGCUGCCUUGAAUAAUAAAUGGGAUGUUGGCCACCAGGUGCCUUUCAAAUUUAGAGGCUAAUUGAUGUUAGAAAGCUGACAUUGCCAAAAAAGAGGCGUAAUAGGCUCCUGCAAUCUGCCAGGAGUAUUUAUAGAAUUUUUGAACAGGUGUCUUUUUCUAUAAGUGCUACAAAUUGUAGAUUUUUUUUAAUAGAAAAGUUACUGUGGUUUGUCAACAACAACAACAAAACACUCCAACUUUUAAUUUAGUGGAAUUUAUUUUAUACUGUAAAAUAGAAGUAUUGCCUUUGAAUGUUAAU